AUGGCAUCAAAGACCGAGGAUUUGAAUAAUCCUCUGGAUGAAGAGUUCGCAGCGCUGGUGAAGCAACCGCUGGAUAGAUGGCACGUCCCAGGAAUGGCAGUUGCAGUAGUCGACGGGGCCGACACUUGGACCGAGGGGUACGGCGGCCCGAUUGCCAGUCUCCGAGGUUACCCCGGACAUGUUGUUCUUUACCGGAAGCACGACCAAAGCCUUUACGGCUGCUGUGCUUUCGCUGCUGGUGGAUGA